AUGCAGCGUAUUAUUAAUUACCCAAAAAAUUCUAGGGUGGUAGUUUCUGCUCCCAAAGGACCAGGUCAACACAAUUUUGCCUUUGACGAUAUCGGAAAGACCUGCUCACUUUGUGGAAAAGAUUUCGAUUGCGUAUGGAAUCUACGACGCCACCUUACCAAAUAUCGUAAGUUAGCAACUCAUAUUGCUAAUGAUAUUAGCCCUCAAUAUGCCAAUAGAAAUUUAGCGUCACAAAGACAGACCACGAAUACUGCCGAGCCGACUGCCCCUGAUCACAAUGACAAUUCCGUUAACGAAGACCUACACGUUGAAUCCGAUUUGGAGGAUGAUGACAGCAGCGAUGUUGACGACAUGAACAGUGAUGGCAACGAUAAUGUUAGCGAGAUUGAACUCGAUGCCGGUGAAAGUAUUAUCGAGAUGGAUGAGGACACCAGUCCCUUUGAAAGUCCAAGUCCAGGUAACCUCCUAUACAUGCAUAUAAGAAAUAGUAUGUUGUCUUCUGCAUCCAAUAUCAGCUCAUCGUUGGAUGCAGAUCUCGAUUUACUGAGAGAAGCAACUGGAUCGCAUAUGACAUGGAACCAGUAUACAUCAGACACCCACCUGUUCCCGGAUCUCCAGUCUAUAGUACUGCUUGCCUUUGUUGAUGGCGAUAAUGACAUGGUAUCUUGCAGGAUCUUGAAAAAGAUCCUGUUUACCAUAAGUCUUGUCCUUAAGCUUCAUGAGGAAGCUAUCCAAAAGAAGUCCCUGUUCAAGUUACCUCGUUUGGAUGCCCUCUUGAACUAUCAGACCAGGAAAAAGUCCAAGAUUCCUGUAUUUCCAUCCACAAAAGUCGAUAUCCAGUUGCCGGAAAACAAUACCACGUCUGCUUAUAUCAACUUGCCUUCAGACCACGUCCGGUUUCUUGCUGCCAACCCCAAGAAAGCAAGAAACAUGUUUUCCCUCCCUGACCGCACUCCUAACCAGUCCAUUUGUCUACAACAAGACGAAAAGUGGAGAACACAUUGGUACUAUCAACAACCUAUGCUCACCCACAACAGCGUAGAUUUUUGGUCUGGUGAUAUUGUUAACUUUAUGAAUGGUUCUAUUCCAGCCCGUUUCCUAGUAGAAUCAUUCCAUACCAUGGAUAACUCAGCCGUUUUUGUUCAAGGCUACAUGGUUUAUAUUCUGGAAGGCGGUCAGCUCAUUAGCAUCGAAGUUGAAUCUACUAGCAUAAAGCUUGAAACUCUUCUCGGUGUUGACUCGACCCCUGUUGAUGUUGCCCUAUGCUACAGCGUCUCACCUGGGAAAGUCUUUCAUUUGAUUUCCAGGCACAAGUCCUUGCUGGAAGAGCCUCAUUUCUUAAAACGGCACGUACUAGAUGAAACCGGAAAGCCGAUCGAUCCAAAGUUGUUUUACAAGGUGAGGAUAUUGCCCAUUAUACACUUCACCAACAACACCUCCAGAAACCGAUCAAAGCAAUAUAACCCAUACAAAAGCUGGUCAAUGAAGUUUACUGCUCUCUCCUACGAAGAGAGGUCUUCAAUUGAAAACAUCCACUUUCUCUCUGCUAUUCCCAAGAAAAAGGGGGCAAGUGGGAUGUCCUUGUUGCCUAAAAUCGUUGAAGAUUUCAAAAGGCUCAAAAACAAACUGGUGAUGUUCUCUGCCAAAGACAACGAAAACGUCUUAGUAGCAUCACCACUCCUUUGGAUCGAGGCAGACACUCCAUGCCAUUCUGAACUAUGUGGUUUGCGCGCGCCGACAAGUCUGUACCCAUGCUGCAAAUGUUAUGUCCGUUUACAAAGAUCUAUGCCCAACCUCCAAAGCUUUUCGUAUUAUACUGGUAGACACACAGCAAGAACAAAGGCACACUAUCUUGCUGCUGCGUCUACCUCGGAACGUGGAUCGACUAUUCCAGAUGCUCCUUUGACUGGAAAUGCUCUGACAGCAAGCGACCUAUGCUUCACAAAUAGGGCAACAGAUGCAUUGUUGGAACUACAGUCAUUUGAUCCAUCGACAGAUACUCCAGUUGAAGUUCUGCAUAACAUACUUCUUGGAGUUGCUAAGUAUCUAGUCAAUGAUUUGGUAAAGGUUGUACUAAAGAAAAAUCCUAACCAAAUGGCUAGAUUGUCCAAAGCCCUCAAGGAUUAUGAAAACUCUCAAGGAAUGUCAAGAAAGUUCACUCAAGAGUUAUGA